AUGUAAACCUCGCUAUUUCAAGAAAUCGAAGAGUUCACUAAAUGCUCGAAUUGGAUCGAAAACUAAGACUCUGCUGGUUCUUCUAAUAAUGAUCUUUUCCUAUUUGGUUAUAGUAUUUUAUUUUUAAAUUCUAUUUCGACAGAAUCGAAGCUUCUCUUUUCAACAGAAACAAACUCUUCCUCUGAUGAAUAAUUUGAGGCGUUUUCUGCCAUUUUUAAUCAAGCUUUCGAGAAAUGUUCAAAUGAGAAUGAGAACACUUAAAAUUAGUUCAAUAUUUCGCUGCAAACUAUUGCCAAUGAUAAUCGAACUACCCUAAUGAUUAGAAACAUUCCAAAUAAUUACACUGUGAAAAGACUGCAAAAUGAGAUAGAUUUCAAAUUCUAUUCAAAAUACGAUUACAUAAAUAUCCCUUGUGAUUUAGAAGGAGGUUUUGCGUUUAUUAAUCUAAAAAACAAAAAAUAUCUUUAGGAAUUCUUCCUGGCAUUUAAUAACCGUCCUUGGAAUUUCAACAAAAAAUAUAACUGUGUAUUAAAAUAUGCAAAAGUUUAAUAUAAUGAAAAUUAAUUAAAAUAUCAAAAGAAAAUAUGUCCAGAUAUAUAUUCACACUAAAAAAAAGUGAUGGAUUUGAUAAAGAUUCAAAAAAAGAAUUAAAAUAAUGAACAUCUUCUUUGA